GGAAGCGAGAGUAAUAGCACAUCCGCCGUUGUGGAAUAGUGUAUUCCAAUCGGGCAUUAGGCAGUUUCAGAGUGAGUGAUAUAUUUUAGCCGAACGUCAAUUAGAUUGGAAACAUAUAGGCUUACAUCAUUGACAGAUACAAAGACGCAAUCCUCGGCGCUCGAGAAAAUAUUGUAGCGAUCUGACGACUGGAGAAAAACACCGCCUCUACAUACACAGAGAGAUUGGAUAACCCGAGACGAGCCGAGAAAAAAAUAUCGGAGUGCAGAAGCAGGAGAAACCGUGGACAGUCACAAACCGCAUUCAGUUUCGACUCCUGGAGGAUGUCUGGAACCACCGUCGAUCAGAGACCCAAAGGACAAGGAAAUAAAGUACAAAACGGAUCAAUGCAUCAGAAGGAUGGAGUAAACGAUGAAGACUUUGAACCUUACCUAAGCAGCCAGACAAAUCAGAAUAACAGCUACCCACCAAUGUCCGACCCCUACAUACCCAGCUACUAUGCUCCUUCCAUCGGCUUCCCUUACUCCCUGGGGGAGGCCCCCUGGUCCACUGCGGGGGACCCCCCCAUGCCCUACCUGACCACCUAUGGACAGAUGAGCAAUGGCGAGCACCACUUCAUCCCCGACGGGGUGUUCAGCCAGCCGGGCGCCCUGGGCAACACCCCUCCCUUCCUCAGCCAGCACGGCUUCAACUUCUUCCCUGGAAACGCAGACUAUUCCACCUGGGGCACCAGUGUCUCUCAGGGCCAGUCCACACAGAGCAAUGCCUAUAGUAAUAGUUAUGGUUACACCCCUAGUUCCCUGGGGAGGGCUAUAGCUGAUGGACAGGCAGGCUUCAGCAGUGACGCCCAGCUCAGUAAGGUCCCGGUGCUGAGCAGCAUCGAGCAGGGCAUGACAGGGUUAAAACUGGACAUGGGCGCCGCCGUCACCAAGACUGUCGGCUCGCCCCUUGGGGGCACGUUGGGCAUGAGUAGCAUGGCGGCCAAUAACAUGCCUCCAUUGGUUAGUUCCUCUGCCCCCAAACCCACGUCCUGGGCAGCCAUUGCCAGGAAGCCGGCCAAGCCCCAACCCAAGGUCAAGCCCAAAGCCAACAUGGGGAUGGGAGCCCCUGCCAUUCCCCCGCCGCCCAUCAAGCACAACAUGAACAUUGGCACCUGGGACGAUAAGGGCUCCGUCAACAAGCCCCCCUUAGCUCAGGCCAUGAUGCAACCUCAGACCAUGGUGCAGCAGACCCUGAUGGGCCAGCCCCAGCCCCUGCUGCAGAGCCCUCUGCCCCACCAGCACCAACACCAGCACCAACAUCAGCACCAGCAGCACCACCAACCCUUUCAGCUGCAGUCCCUCCAGUCUCCCCAACACCCCCAGCAGAUGCCUCCAGGCCCACCUCACCACCACCAACACACCCACCAGAACUUCUCCUCCCAGCCUGGCCCCCCUCAACCUAUGCAUCAACACCAACAUCCCCAACCCCCACCCCAGAACCGCUGGGUGGCACCUCGGAACAGGGGCACCUUCAACCAAGGAGGGGCGGAAGGCUUUGGGAUGGGAGUUGGUGGGGUCCCCCUCAGUGCCUCUCCCAGCUCCGGGGAGGUGCACCCGGUGUUAGAGAAACUGCGGGCCCUCAACAACUACAACCCCAAAGACUUUGACUGGAACCUGAAGAACGGCCGCGUGUUCAUCAUCAAGAGCUACUCUGAGGACGACAUCCACCGCUCCAUCAAGUACUCCAUCUGGUGCAGCACCGAGCACGGCAACAAGCGCCUGGACGGGGCCUACCGCUCGCUGGGGGCCAAGGGGCCCCUCUACCUGUUGUUCAGUGUCAACGGCAGCGGUCAUUUCUGCGGCGUGGCAGAGAUGCGCUCGCCCGUGGAUUACAACGCCUACGCAGGCGUCUGGUCUCAGGACAAGUGGAAGGGCAAGUUUGAGGUGAAGUGGGCAUUUGUGAAGGACGUGCCCAACAGCCAGCUGAGGCACAUCAGACUGGAGAACAAUGACAACAAGCCCGUCACCAACUCCAGGGACACUCAAGAGGUGCCUCUGGAAAAGGCCAAGCAAGUGCUUAAAAUUAUUGCCACUUUCAAGCAUACCACCUCAAUCUUUGAUGACUUUGCACAUUACGAGAAGCGCCAGGAGGAGGAAGAGGCCCUGCGGAGGGAGCGGAAUAGAAAUCAACAGUAACUUUAGAGAGAACUCCUUGCUAGAGGUACAACACUAACGACGUAUGACCUUAAAUAAUUAGCCUCACUACGCAGAAGAAAGGGUCCUGCCAUCUUUUCUGCUGAAGACAACAACAAAGAGGCCAUAUCUCACGAUGUGAACACGACGAUGGACUCACCUGUGUCAGUUCUCUGGUGCAUCAAUCUACCCCAGUGUUCCUGUCUCUGAAGAAAAAUAAAGAACAUUACUCACUUUAAAGUCUCUCUUUAAGCACUUUCAGUCCACCUAAAGCAGCCUCUACCAAUACCCUUUACUCUCUAAUAACUCUUAUAUCUCACUUAUAUCUCUCUUUCUGGACUUCUGUUUGUAAUAACUGACUAACCAGUGUAGUUAGUUUUUCUGAGGAUUUUACCAGACUUGUAGUUUUUUGUUUCGUUUUUUUUUAAUGCCCCCAAAAUAUUGGGGAAGAAAAUGUGUUCUCCCCUCCCCGUCGAUGAGCGUUAGCGCCUUCAAAAGAGAUUCAAACAUAUAACAUGUAUAACAAAAUAUUUUACUUGAAUCUCCACUCAGCUUGUGAUUGAUUGACAGGUGAGGGGAACAACAGGAAACGGCCAUAAUCAUGCCAAUCAUUAGAUGGACCCCCCUUAUUCCCGCCCCUUUGUUUCUGCAUCUUUUUCUGUGUACCAAAAGAUGAGGUGGAUGAUGUGGUGAGCUGGGCUGGGUGAAUGCCAGUUAAUGCACAUGUUAGUUUUUCUCUUGUGAUUAUUAUGUCAUUCUGAAGUCCAUUUGUCUGAGGAGAAAUCUGCUCCACGGUAACGGUUGCCUUGGUAGCUGUCAGUAUCUUCAGGCUAAAGCUGGGGCCUGUUCAGGAGGUUGCAAUGUUACACAACAUUCAGAUAGAAAAUGUGUCCAAUAGAUAUGAUUCUCUGUCAUGUAGAUGAGAACAGGAAAUUGUUUUAGCUUUAAACAUGACGUUUCUAUCAGCAGUGUUGUGCAACGUUUCACCUGACUGAACAGGCUUCUGGCUCUCUGUCUCUGAAGAACUCUGUAAUGCUUUUGGGAUGAGUGUUCCUGGGUCCAGGUAAAAGUUACUGUUAACCACAGAUCUGGGACCAGAUGCAGAUGAAAAGAUAUCUGGUCCUGGAUCAGUGGUUAGGAGUGAUUUUUGCCUACUGCCGAUUGCUGCUUGGUUACAGUGGGGUAUCCCAAAAGCUGAACCAAGGAAGUGAGCGUUUCUCCUCAAGGUGAUUCACUAGCGAAAAAUAAACAUUACCCAUGUUUAGCAUAACAAACGCUUCUGCGAUGUGUCUUCUUGUGGUCUGUUGUGUGUAUGUGAUUGUAUCGAUGUGUGAUCAAUAACCCUGUCAUCCAUUUUCUGUUUCUGCACUUGGAUGAUCCUAAUAUUACAGAUUUUUUACUGACACCAAGACACAUCACAGGCUGUGCCCCAACACUCUAGCAUGGCUUCCUCCAGUCCUCCAUCAAGAUUGAUACUGUAGGGCAGAGAUCAUCAGCUAGAUUCAACCGUGGGACAAUUAUUUUUUGAGCAGAUGGUUGGUGGUCUGGAACAUAAUUACAAAUAAUAUGUAGACUGCAAAUUGAUGGCAAGAAGCCCAAACAGAUAUAAUAUUUGACUUAAACAAAAUCAUUUUAAACCUUGCUUACAUUUGUAUACAUUCACGUCUCUAUUAUGCGUGGGAAUACUUGGGAACAUAUUUCCUAAAUUAAAAUAACUUUUAGCUGAUUUCCUGGUGAUUUAUGUCUUUUAUGUCCAACAAUGAAAAUAAUAUAUAUGUACUGUAUCAUUGUUUGAAUAUGUACAGUACCAGUCAAAAGUUUGGACACACCUACUCAUUCAAGGGUUUUUCUUUAUUUGUACUAUUUUCUACAUUGUAGAAUAAUAGUGAAGACAUUAACACUAUGAAACAACACAUGGAAUCA